CUUGAGUGGGCGGGGCGUGGCCGGAACGGAAGUGCACGGUUUUGCUGUCGGCGCGCAGUGGGACGGACGGCUGGGUUCGCGGGUGGCCCCAGGUGGUCCUUCCUCUGUCCUCCUUUCCUCGGACCCUGGAUCAUGACCUGAGCCAAAGGCAGUCGCUCAACCACUGAGCCACCCAGGCACGGCGAGUGUUGCACCUUCUCAAGUCUGUAAAUUAAACUAAAUUCAGUGAAAACUGAUUGAGUGCCUAGUACAGGACAGCCCCUGAAGAGAAAGGUCAGCACAAUCAUGGCAGGGAUUUUGCGCUCAAUAGUUCGGAGGCCCCCAGGCCGACUCCAAACCGUGACAAAAGGUGUAGAGCCUCUUAUUUGUACAGACUGGAUUCGUCACAAAUUUACAAAGUCAAGAAUUCCGGAUAAAGUAUUUCAACCUUCACCUGCAGAUCAUGAAAAAUAUGGUGGGGAUCCACAGCACCCUCAUAAACUGCAUAUUGUUACCAGAAUAAAAAGUACAAAGAGACGUCCAUAUUGGGAAAAAGAUAUAAUAAAGAUGCUUGGAUUAGAAAAAGCACAUACUCCUCAAGUUCACAAGAAUAUCCCUUCAGUGAAUGCAAAACUGAAAGUGGUUAAGCAUUUGAUAAGGAUCAAGCCCCUGAAGCUGCCACAGGGACUUCCAACAGAGGAGGACAUGUCUAACACGUGCCUCAAGAGCACUGGGGAAUUAAUAGUGCGGUGGCAUCUAAACCCUGUAGAUCAGGAAGCUGUUAAGUCCUAAUUGCAGAGCAAUUUCAUAUUAAAAAAUAUAAAUAAUUUAAAGGUAGUGAGAAAGUGUUCUCAUUAAAAUAUAUUUUAAAUAGUUGUCAUUUU